AUGCAAUUGAAGAUCAUUCACAGAUCAUGGAAACAGAAUGGCUCCUCCAUUCCUGCAUUCCAUGCCUGCAUUGUUGGAGCAGGAUUGUCCGGUUCUGUCAUAGCUGAACGAUAUGCAAGCUGGUUUCGAGACAGGAAAGUGCUCAUGGUUGAAAAGAGGAAUCAUGUUGGUGGGAAUUGCUAUGACUAUACUGAUAAAGCAACUGGAAUACGAGUUCAUAAGUAUGGUCCGCACCUCUUCCAUACAAAUCACAAAGCAGUAUGGGAUUAUAUCAACAAAGACGACUUACAGCGAAGAGGAGCAGGUGGAUGGAUACGGUGGGAUCAUGAAGUCCUAGCUUCCGUUGAGAACUCACAUCAAGGAUCGACCUUCGUUCCAGUGCCCAUCAACGGAAUUAGUCUCAACAUUCUGUUCAAUUUGAAUCUGACAACCGAUGAAGAAGUGAAGACGUGGUUAGAUUUGCACCGGCCAAGAAAAGAGGAUCGUUGUACUCUUUCGAAUGAAAAGAGGGAAACCGAGCAGAAAGAAUGUCAAAAUGCAGAAGAUCAGUGUAUCUCUCGUGUUGGACAAGAUCUCUACAACAUUGUUUUCAAAACAUACACCGAGAAGCAAUGGGGACGGAAGGCUACGGAACUGGGCCCGGAAGUCACAGCUAGGAUUCCUGUCCAUGGAAAUUUUGAUUCAAGAUAUUUCCAAGAUCCGUAUCAAGCACUUCCACAAAAAGGGUAUACGAGAUUUGUCGAAGCAUUGCUAAAUCAUUCUUCUAUCACUACCAUUUUGGGUCUAAACUUUUUCGAAGUGAGGGACAUCCUGGAAGAUGGAAAGUUUUGUUCUGAGCUGUUUUUUACUGGACCAAUUGAUGCAUUUUUCGACGAGAAACUAGGUAAGCUUGAAUACAGAUCAUUGAUGUUUUCUCCAAGAGUCUUCUUCGACGUUGGAGAAUCAUCGCAUGUCCAACCUUCGAGUGUUGUAAAUUAUCCUUCUCCCGAUGUGCCUUGGACUCGAAGUGUAGAAUACAAGCAAUUUUUGAGACAGAAAAGCAAUCACACAAUCGUCGUUUAUGAACAUGGUACAAAGUACGUUGCUGGUCAGAAUGAACCUUAUUAUCCAGUCCCGAAUGAUCAAAACAGAAGGUUGUUCAAGAUGUAUCAAGAGUUAUCAAAAAGAUUGGAAUCUUUAAAUCAAUCAGAUGGGAAUCGAAAACCUAAAGUGCACUUUGUUGGCAGGCUUGCAAACUAUAAGUAUUUCAAUAUGGAUGAAGCCAUUUUGAAUGCUUUGAACCUCUUCGACCAUCUUUAUGUGAACAUCCAUGGUUCUGGGUCAGGCAAGGGUCAAAGCUAA